AUUUGAACUUUGUUCAUACAUAGCUAAAGCUUGAUAUCAUAAUUCUGCAAUCACUAGUUGAUAUACCUAUUUGUUAUUCAUAUUAUUACUUGAUAACCUACUCUUUCACCACCCACAUAAAAGCCAAGCGACCUUCCAAACAUAAGGAGAUUUCGACCUGAAAUCCUGCGCUAUCAUGCUCAAUCACUUUGGAGCCACAUUGAUACGACCGCAAUUUCCAACAUGAAAUUAGCAAUUGAUCAACAAGUGCGGCACAGUCUCAAUGAUGUUGGAGCCGUUGGAGGUCGUAAUGCCGUCAGCUUACGGCGACCCAAGACGGACCCACCAACAAUCCAGUCUUUACCCACCACAGGCCUAUAAAGUGAGAAACGACUUCAAACACAAACGACAAGCUCCAGAUCAUUUUCACGUCUUUCGCUAGAAAGAUGUCUCUCUCUAUACGUGACCAGCUCAGGCAAACCGCCCGUGCCUAUCUUGACGCGCACAACAACAAAGACCUCGACAACAUUCGCGCGCUCUGCGACGAAACAUGCGUGCAUCGUAAUGGGCCCCCAACUGUCAAAAGCCCGGAUCGGAAUAACGAAGAAUACAUUGCGUUCAACGCCGAGGUGUUCAAGAUGUUAUAUACAUAUCUUGCCACGAUCAUCAGUGAGGUGGUGGACGAGGUCACCAAAACGGUUGCAUUGGGUUUAGAGGCUAAAGCGACGGCGGAUGCGGGGGUGUAUGAGAAUGAAUAUAUCAUCACGUUGAAGAUGACUGAGAAUGGGAAAAAGGUCGUUGACCAGUACGAUUUUAUUGAUAGUCAGAGGAUGAUUGAGUGGAUGAACAAGAUGGGAGAUUUUGCGGAGAAGACGUGGGACAAGAAGUAAGGUGGGAAGGAUAUUGCAAAUUGUUUGGC